ACAUUCACUAUAUCCCCAACCUCGAUAGACUGGUUUAUGAUUUUGGAAAAUUAGGGUUUAAUCAAACAUGACGUUCAAGCGAAGAAAUGGAGGCAGAAACAAGCAUGGCCGCGGCCAUGUUAAGUUCAUUCGUUGCUCUAACUGCGGCAAGUGUUGCCCAAAGGAUAAGGCCAUCAAGAGAUUUUUGGUGAGGAACAUUGUUGAACAAGCUGCAGUUAGGGAUGUUCAAGAAGCUUGUGUUUAUGAUGGGUACACUCUUCCCAAGCUUUACGCCAAGAUGCAGUAUUGUGUUUCUUGUGCAAUUCACUCUCAUGUUGUUAGGGUUCGUUCUAGGGAGAACAGGAGAGUCCGUGAGCCUCCACAGCGAUUCAGACGUCGGGAGGACACUCCUAGGCCCGGUGCACCAGGGCAGCCCGGUCAACGCCCAGCAGGAGGAGCCCCAGCGGCUGCUCGUACUUAAACAAAGGGCAUGCAAUGCUCACCUACUUCAAGGCUUUUGCAUUGAGACUUUAGUUUUAAAUAUUUUGGUUUUCUAGUGCUAUUUCAGGACUAUUUAUGUAUUGUUUUCUAUAGUUGCUGAAUCCAUCAAAAAGUAGUAUUCAUACUUUUUCCCCCCCAAAGAAAAGAGUGUUAAUUCAUACUUUGUUUUCGAUAUAGAAGAUGUUAUUUUGAUCUAAUUAUGUGAUAUGACUUCCCCUUUUCUAUGAUGAGAAUUAUAAGAAAUUCAAUGGUUUUUCAUUAGCCUUGAACA